AUGUCGUCUUCUUUGGAGCCAUCAUCUUCUUGUUCCAAACAAGAAACGCCAGAAGUUAUGUCAAAUUACGCAGAAUCGAUUAUAGACGAUUACGACGUCUUCGAUCCAGAAGAACUGCGUAAUGAACAAAUGUUCGAAAAGCCACGUGGAGAGAGACGAUGGCUUGGAAAAGAACAUCAUCGAGGAAAGGAACGUCUUCACAACUCAGUGAAGGACAGGACCUACAUCGAAAAAACUGUUAAAUCGACAGAACCAUUGAGCAAGAAUUCCACAAAAAAGAUCAUUGCGUCUACAAAAGAUGGAUUGGAGUUCAAUGUUAUUUACUCUCUCGAUAAGAGAAACCGGUGGGAGACAACAGAUAAAGUAUCACUAUUGGGAACCACUCCUGAAAAUGUGAAUGCAGAAGUUGUCGAAAAGAAUUCUCUUGACAUGUGUGGGCUGUUUUACCCGAAUUCGUCUACAUUUGCAGUUCAUUCAAAACAAAUUGACUUUGAGAAGGAACCAGGAGACUUUGAAAUCAAAAGUGCCACCUCAUCAGGAAAGGGACAACAUUAUUCAAAUUUCUUGCAAACAUCCAGAGAAUUCAGUAAGAAAGCAAACGCUAGGACGAUGACAAUUCGAGGAGAAGAGACUUCUUCAGAGAAGCAAACAGACUCUCAACCUACCAUUUCAUAUAAUAUCUACAAGUCACAUCCAAGUCAACAAGUUGUUGGAAAACACAUGUUUGUACCAAAAGUUGCUUCGAAAUCAGUACGUCACCGCGCAAGUAAAAAAGUGGAAAUGGAUGACUAUGACGAGGAUGAAAACUACUUUGAUGAGGAAGAUGAGAGUUUCAAUGACUCCGAAUCAAGAUCUCCGGCUCAGUCAGUCUUAGAUUUUUCUAAUUUGGCAGUUGGCAGCCGUGAUAAACAGACCAGAAGUGGUAAUCGGAAAGAUAGUGAACUAUCUUAUGAAAUGAUUGAUUCUGUCGAAUCCCGAGCAGAAUUUACCGACCUUUUGAAUAUUCACGAUUACCUUCACAACGAAGGUUUCAUGUUUGAAGAAGCAGUCGUUACAUUCCAUAAUCAGAAGGAUAACAUUGAGCAUCAAGUGGAAAUGUUACGCGAAGAAAACAAGCUGAUUGUCAAGGAAUUGAGACAUCGUCAAUACUUGAUUGAUGUAUCCGAAUGGUGUCAACUGGAAGAAGCUGUGAAAGAUGGAGAGACGACAACAGUCAUUGCGGUUACUCAUCUCAGGAAAAACGUUUACAAUAUUCUUGUCAACUCCACAAUCCCAUCUCAUCCUUCCAAAAGGGGAUCAGAUUAUUUAAAAAAGCAGAUUUCAAGUGCUACGACCAUUCGAGAAGCAAUUUCAAGAAUCACUUCAGAGAUAUUAACUCACCGAAAAGUUGUUGAAACAAUGAAGAUUUCUUCGUUAUUCUACGGAAGGAAGACAGUGCCUGAACUACUUCAAAUCUGUUCUGAAUGGGAAAAUCAGCUUGUCAACAUGCAGUGGCCGAACCAGCAUUAUCAUUCUACAUGGGCGAAUUCUGUGGAGUUGAGCCAAGUGGGUGGAAAAUUAGAAUGGAAUGAUUUGUGUACAAUGGUCAAAAAGGAGAAAACGAUGGAUUCGAAACAAGUUACUGACGGUGAAUGUGGAUUAUGCAGUCAGAAAAAACUAUCUCAUGAGUUAUUCCUUGUGGAAGAUGAGACCAAAAUUAAGUGUACAGAGUGUCUUCGAGAGGAGUUCUAUAGAGAACUCAGAGGAAAGAGACUACCAAUUGAUCUACAAAUUAUUGUCGCUGAUGAAUUGGACUCUCUUGCCACAUUCAUUCCACUCGCAGUUUUGAACUUGUAUAUAAGAAUGGUCUCAGAAACAAUAUACAAAGAUCUCGGAGCAACUGGUGAUUUUGAAAAGUGUCCUUCGUGCAAGUCUGCAGUAUUUUUCGAAGAAGUCCCCUCUGGAAACGAGAAGAAGUCUCAAAAUCGUUCGUGUCCUUGCGGAUAUUCAUGGUGUAAACAGUGUGACAGAGUACCUCAUUGGCCAAUGAAAUGUGGAGAAUAUGCUGAAUGGGAAGAGAAAUGGCUGUUGAGAUAUGCAAUGACUCAUGCUCAAGGAAGUGGUACUCAUAAUCUUCUUGAAGUAUCGUGUCAGUGUUCCAAACAAAUUUUCAAUGUUCUUCUUCCUGAAGAGUAUAUGAAAUGCCCAGGAUGCAAAAUAACAGUUGACUUGGAAACUUUGGAGACAGUAUGGAAAAGACACUACUUUCCUUUCCGCCCUCGUUACCGGAAGCUAGUGAGAGAAGGACACAUCUAUAACAGAGACUACAACCAGAAUCCAUUCUUUCCAAAGGCGUUAGUUUAUACUCCGAUCUCAAAGAUUCCUGUUAUUCGAACGUCUGUAAUUGAAAUCUGUGGAGUUGCAAGAGACAUUCGAUAUGAUAUUCAUUCCCGAAAUCGAGCAGUCAAUCGGGAACAUAUUCUAAUUCGGAAGAAAGUAAUGGAGAGAGAAGUCGUGGAGAAUCUAUUGGGAACAUCAGUCUACUUGGUUGAGAAUGUAACCGCCUGGAUGUAUAUGAGUAGCCAAUAUGAUAGAAAUGUAAAGAAAAAUUUGGAAAGUGUCAUGGAGAACCGGAAGAACUUGCUAUCAUCGUUGGAUGGGGAAGAUUCUGAAGCUAUCUCUGAAUGCAUCAACAAAUUGAGAAAGGAUAUCAACAACGUGGUGACUGCAGUGGAGAAAAUGAUUGUGACCGUCGGAAACUCUCAAAACUAA